UGUUUGAGGAGGCAAAAGAAUCAGAACGAGCAGUAAGCACAGAGAUUUGAUAAAAUGUCCUCAACAUGGAUCAAAUUUCUUUUUAUUCUGACUUUGGUGCUUCUUCCUUAUUCUGUGUUUUCAGUGAAUAUCUUUGCAGGUCCAGAGAAUGUUAUUAAAGAGCCAAAUUGCACCAUGUAUAAGAGUAAAUCUGAGUGCUCCAAUAUCGCUGAGAACCCAGUUUGUGCAGAUGAUAGAAAUACAUAUUACAAUGAGUGUUACUUCUGCAUAGAAAAAGUAGUGGAAAAACUUAAAUAUAGGUAUCAUGGUAUUUGUAUUUAUAAAUAAUGGUUUCAUGGUGCUUCAUACAAUCAAGUGGAAUGUUCUCAACCAGGGCCUUAAAUUCCUAACCAACAAAUGAAGUCUUCUAUUAUACAUUAUGUGGAAUACAGAAGAUUGAAGAAUAUUUCCAAUGAGAACAAGGAACUGAAUGAUUUUAUUUUCAAUGAUUUGAGGGUGAUGUGAAUACUUGUUUUCUUUAUUUUUGUCUUAUGUUACAUAAACUGUGAGUUUUAAUCAUAGAUAUUCUAAUCAAUAAAAUGUUAAAUAAUCUC